AUGUCCUCCCACGAUGCGUUUAAGGACCUGGGCAGCGCUAGUUCAUCCGAGGAGGACUGCAGCGCGCGUUCGGACGGGACUGAGACCGCGGAGGAGGAUAAGACCAGUACCCACGCCUCUCCAAGCGCGCACAGGCACCAUCCGUUCAGCGUGGAGGCGAUCAUGUCCGGCAGGGUGAUGUCCAGGAGCAAAGACGCACCAGUCAGGACCGCGCUGAACGCGCUGUAUCUGUGCCGAGACAGCGACGCGAGUCUCAAGUCUUUAACGUCGCCAACUUCGCCCGUCAAGUCCGAAACGUCGGAGCCAGACGAGUGCGCGCCAUGGGUGACCAGUGGAGCGUACCCAGCACAGACACGUCACAUGACUCCGGGUUGCCAGCUCCGAAAGCACAAGACAAACCGUAAGCCCCGCACGCCCUUCACCACGUCGCAGCUACUGGCGCUGGAGCGGAAGUUCCGGCAGAAGCAGUACCUGUCCAUCGCAGAGCGCGCCGAGUUCUCCUCCUCGCUCACCCUCACCGAGACACAGGUCAAAAUCUGGUUCCAAAACCGCAGAGCCAAAGCCAAGCGUCUGCAAGAGGCCGAGCUGGAGAAACUCAAAAUGGCCGCAGAUGCCAAAACUGCCGCCGUAGCUGCCGCAGCCAACGCCGGGGCACUGCACCCGGGAUUCACGUUACCUCUGUCUCUGGGGGCCAUGUCUCUGUACGGACAGUCUUACUCGGCCUACCACCACCACCACCACCAGCACCGGCCCCUGCUGCCUCUGUCUCCGCUGGGACUCUACGGCUCUCCUCUCAGCUACAGCAUGUACCACUUGUCCUAA